GUCCCCAUCCCUUCCAUAACCCGACACAGAAAACAGAAAGCGUUUCUAAGGUGCUUAAAAACUGAAACAAAACAUAGUUAUUUAGAAACCAACGAUAUGAAAAUGGAGUGGAAUCCCCAGGACGAAGGGCUACUAGAAAUUCUUACUCUGUUAAGGGAAUCGCAAUCACCGGACACUGCUACCCAAAGGGCUGUUCAGCAAAAAUUGGAAGAACUAAACAAAUAUCCAGAUUUUAACAACUAUCUUAUGUUUGUGUUAACCAAAUUAAUCACAGAAGAUGAACCAACGAGAUCUUUAAGCGGACUGAUUUUGAAAAAUAAUGUCAAGACACACUACAGUAAUUUGUUGCCCAGCGUGACAAAUUUUAUAAAGACUGAAUGUUUACAAGCAGUUGGAGACCCCUCUCCUCUUAUAAGAGCAACAGUUGGCAUUUUAAUAACUACGAUAGCUAGUAAAGGAGGCCUGUCCUGUUGGCCUGAAUUAUUACCAGCUCUAUGCAACAUGUUGGAUUCGCAAGACUAUAAUGUCUGUGAAGGUGCUUUUGGAGCAUUGCAGAAAAUUUGUGAAGAUUCUGCUGAAGCAUUGGACGGUGAUACUACUAAUAGACCUUUAGAAAUUUUAAUUCCCAAGUUUCUUCAAUUUUUUACCCAUUCAAGCUCAAAAAUUCGAUCAUAUGCUAUAGGCUGUGUCAACCAAUUUAUAAUUCAGCGCUCCCAAGCACUUAUGUAUCAUAUUGAUUCAUUUCUUCAGAAUUUAUUUCAUGUUGCCACUGAUGAUGAUCCAGAAGUACGUAAGAAUGUAUGUCGAGCAUUAGUAAUGCUUCUGGAAGUAAGAAUGGAUAGGUUGAUCAAUCAAAUUGACAAUAUCAUUGAAUACAUGUUAAUCAGAACUCAAGAUCCCGAUGAAGGUGUGGCAUUGGAAGCUUGUGAAUUUUGGCUAUCUCUUGCUGAACAGCCAGUGUGCAAAACAGUUUUACAUAGUCACUUAGACAGGCUCAUUCCUAUUCUUGUGAGAGGGAUGAAAUAUUCAGAGAUUGACAUAAUUCUGCUAAAGGGUGAUGUUGAAGAAGAUGACAAUGUGCCAGAUAAAGAAGAGGAUAUCAAACCAAGAUUCCAUAAGUCUAAGACCCAUACCAUUAAAACAGCUAUUGCUACAAUGGGCACUGAAAAUGGACUGGACAAAGAAGAUGAUGAGGACUUUGAUGAUGGAGAUGAUGAUGGAUCAUUAUCUGAUUGGAAUUUAAGAAAAUGUAGUGCUGCAGCUUUAGAUGUACUAGCAAAUGUUUUCAGAGAUGAACUACUGCCUAUUCUAAUUCCGAUUCUAAAAGAGACCUUAUUCCAUCAGGAUUGGGAUAUUAAAGAAUCUGGAAUACUAGCAUUGGGGGCUAUAGCUGAAGGAUGUAUGUCAGGAAUGAUAAGCCAUUUACCAGAAUUAAUACCUUACUUAAUAAACUGUCUGAAUGAUAAGAAAGCACUGGUAAGAGCUAUAACAUGUUGGACUUUAAGUCGAUACUCUCACUGGGUUGUCUCCCAACCUCAUGAUUCAUACUUAAAACCCUUGAUGACUGAAUUACUAAAAAGGAUUUUGGAUGGUAAUAAAAGGGUUCAGGAAGCUGCAUGUUCAGCAUUUGCCACAUUGGAAGAGGAGGCCUGUACAGAACUCGUACCCUAUUUGGGAUUCAUUCUUGAAACCCUAGUAUUUGCUUUUUCUAAGUAUCAACACAAAAACUUGCUUAUAUUGUAUGACGCGAUAGGAACACUAGCAGAUUCUGUAGGAAGCCAUUUGAACAAACCUGAAUACAUAAAUUUACUCAUGCCUCCUCUGAUCCACAAAUGGAAUGUUCUAAAAGAUGAAGAUAAAGAUUUAUUUCCAUUAUUAGAGUGUUUAUCAAGUGUAGCCACAGCACUACAAUCUGGUUUUUUACCAUAUUGUGAGCCGGUUUACUGCCGUUGUGUUUCACUGGUACAGCACACUCUUUGCCUACACAUGGCGAAUAUGCAAAAUCCAGACCAGUAUGAAGCUCCAGAUAAAGAUUUCAUGAUAGUGGCACUGGAUUUACUUUCAGGAUUAGCGGAAGGUUUAAAUGGGCAUAUAGAGAAAUUGGUAGAAAACAGUACUAUAAUGCAAUUACUGCAUCUGUGUAUGCAGGAUUCUAUGCCUGAAGUGAGACAAUCAUCAUUUGCUUUGCUUGGUGACCUAACUAAAGCCUGCUUUCAACACGUUAAGCCACACAUAUCUAGCUUUUUGCCAAUUCUGGGGCAAAAUUUGAAUCCGGAAUACAUUUCCGUUUGUAAUAAUGCCACUUGGGCCAUUGGCGAAAUUAGUAUAAAACUUGGUGCUGAAACGAGACCAUUCAUACCAUUAGUCUUAAAUCAACUAAUAGACAUUAUAAAUCGACCAGAUACACCCAAGACUCUCCUUGAAAAUACAGCCAUAACAAUUGGUCGACUAGGUUAUGUCUGCCCUCAUGAUGUCGCCCCAAUGUUACAACAGUUUGUACGGCAGUGGUGUAUAUCAUUAAGAAAUAUUCGUGAUAAUGAAGAAAAAGAUAGUGCUUUUCGCGGAAUGUGCCAGAUGAUCCAAGUUAAUCCAGCUGGAGUAGUUGGAGAUUUUAUUUUUUUCUGCGACGCUGUUGCUUCAUGGAUUACCCCCAAAGAGGAUUUAAAAGAAGUCUUCGUCAAGAUACUACACAGUUUCAAAGCACAAGUAGGGGAAGAAAACUGGAAACGAUUUAGCGAUCAGUUUCCGCCACAACUUAGGGAGAGAUUAACACAAUUGUAUGGAAUAUGAACCUCCUUAAAGGGUUUCAUAGGGGUAAAUAACUAGAACCGGGGUGGGAAAAACCGGGAAUCAGAACCAGCUGCAAGUCAAGAAGAAAUUUGUUUCAGACAAAGCAGAGGGUGGGACUUUAUACUCGACAAAUAAUAAGUUGUUCCAAGAUAUAUUUUUUUUGUUUUGUGUUGAGUAACCAGUACACAUGAUAAAUUCAGUUGGUAUCUUAUAGGUGCGGGAAUUUAGGACAUGGGUAAAAUUCUGAAGUUUAACGAGUUUUACCUAUGUUGAUACAUAACUACUGUUGACAAAGUUAUGGUUUGGGAUAUUAGUAAAUUUGAAUUAAUGAUUGCGCCAUUUUUUUUUUUUUUAAUAUUUUCAAAAGGGAGUAUUGGUUUUCUAAUAUCUCAAAUGCAAUUCAACUAUUUAUAUGGACAGACAGUGCAAGUUUUAUCUUAUUGUAAUUGCAAAAUAAUAUUCAAUUCCUUUUGAAAAUAUUGUUGUAAAUACUAUGAAAAAAUCAGCGUAUCCUUUAUCCCUACGAGGACUUCUGGAUCCUUAUUUGAUCCUGCUCCCACCCAUCCCAAAGUCCUUUAAAUUGUUCUUUUUGUGUGGCCGAGAUGACUUUUGAGCAUCUAAAAAAUUCAGUGACUAGCUUUUAUACCAUAUGUAAUUUUGAAUCAUGAUGCCAGCAAAAAUUUGAUUGAAGGACUUUAGUAAACCUUAGCAUAGAUCCUGCACGCUAUUGUGCAAAAACAUUUUUCCUGUGAAGACGAAACUCAUUUGUUAAAUUAAGGGUAGAAAUCAAUAAACUUGACCUCCAUAAUGUGAUAAUAAUUUAGUGAGCAUAAACUUUUUUGUGAUACAUUUUUAUUACUUCAUAAGACUUAAAUCUAUCUCAAGACUUUAUUUUGUUGCUUUAUAAAUUGAAAAAUAUCAAUUGUUUUAUUUUUUUAAGCAAUUUUUGAUUUUUUGUUGCCUGUUGGUAAUGUUAACUGCUUAUUCAGUUCAUUAUUUUGCGUGCGUUUUUUAUAAUGAUUAUAUUACUUCUUGAAAAUGAAUGAAUGGGUCCUUUGUUACAGAAGUCUUCAUUCCUUCUACACUCCGAUAUCCAUUCCUUUUUUGCGUUCAUGCGCAAUUCCUUUGUAUAAGUAUUUUAACAAAAAUGGUAUAGCCGAACCCCAUGUAUUCUCAUUCAAAAGUUUUAUUUGAGUUGGUUUGAAAAUGUCUAGUCAGUUUAUAAAAAAGAAGCAUAUUUGACGAAUUUAGUUUCAAAUUUUGUAAAUUUAAUAACUACAUGGAGUUUGGCACUAUCGCCGUUGUAGCUCAAUAUUUCUUAACAAUUAGUAUAGGAUAUUUUACUGUAUUCAGUUGAAAUAAACGAUAAUUUAUUUCAAUAAACCAAGGGCUGAAGUUGUACUCGACUAUUAGUUGUAUAAGUUUUAACUAUGCGGCUGCAUUUUCUGAUUGUUUUUAAAAAAAGAAAUUUUGGAUACAGUAAAAAAUACCAGCUUAAUAUGUUGUAAUUUUUUUGUGAACGUCCGUGCCAUUGCCAAAAAUAAGCAUGCUGAAUCGUUAAAAGUAGGACAAAAUGGUGUAUUGUAUUUUGUUGAGUUGGUAAUACUUAAUUUGCCCAUGUCGGA